ACUCGCGCGCCGGACUCCACGCCAUGUGCACGCUCGCGGGACGCGCUGCCUGCCGGGAGGCGUGACGCGUUCUCACGUGACGUCGCAGCACCUGCCGGCCGCACGUCUGCACCGUGGUUGUGACAUCGCCCAAGACUGAACGACACCCAGCCGGUUGUGAAAGAAGUGUCUCGCACAAACUCUUUUGGGACUGUAUUUCGCUGCGGACGGCUCCUAGAAGAGGACCGCGUCUAGCUUUCAGGUUGUGCUCAGAUUUGACAAGUCCAAGUGUUUUACAAGGAUUUCAUUGUUGACGGCAGGGGCGUGAGAGUGUGUCAGUGUCAACUGUCAGUCGAGGAAACAUUCGUCCGAGAGUGCGCCGCUGGGCAACGCAUUUGGUGAUUCCAAUGGACUGACCUGGUGAUUGACAACAGUAUUAUGUGGAAGAAGGACGUAUUUUUCUCAGAUGCCAUCGUCUAAUUUUCGUAUUUGGUGCAUAUACAAUGAUCUUGUGUACCUGUCAGUGACAUUGCCAUUGUAGUUGUGUGAAUUUUUGCUGUUCAGUAUCGCUCCCCUGUACUAUUUCUGAAAGGAGAGAGUUAAAAGGAGUGUCUGUGCUGCGACCCGUGCAAGUAUUAUCGAGGACUGUCAGUGAUCCAACUCGGAGUAGCGUGACACCUCAGCUGAAGUACUGCUUGAAUCACACUGGACUGGGCCUGUUGCUCUGGCUGAUUACAUUGGACUAAUUGGUCCAGUCAAUGACAACAGCAUUUCGUCACAGAAGGGCCCAUUUUUCUCAGGUGUUCUCGGGACUUCUUUGUAUUUGACGCAUGACCAGUGAUCUCGUGCGCCUACCACUGACACUACAAGUGCUUACAAUUUCCUCCGCUAUUACUGUAACGAGAAGUGUCCACCAGCAUCAGUAUCCAGUGUCUUGCAAGUACGAGUGAGCAACUGGGCUUUCUGGCAGCAGGGUGACCAGUCUCGCCGAGGAGGAGUGCUGUGUUGACUGGGGAGGUCUCCACUCCUAGCAUCGUCGCCGUUGUCGGACAGUAGCGGUCGCAGUCGCACGGUAGUAGCCAGUGGUACCGCUUCCGCCCGGGCGGAGGAGCGCGGACCGUUGCGCAAGCCGACAGCGAGCAGCGAGCGUCGCCCCAAAUGCAUCUGCCGGGCCUGCUGGCGACGGUGACCCCCGCGAGCGGCGACGACGCGGCUGCCAGCCUGUGCAAGAAGCCCGGCGCCAUGACGGAGCAGCAGCUGCCCGCCGCGGCCACCGCCGACGAUCUGUGGUGGACGGAGCGCGUGCUGGCCGACGCGCAGGCCGAGCACCCGGGCGAGCUGGUGCGGACCGGCAGCCCCAACCUGCUGUGCACCGCGCUGCCCAACCACUGGCGCUCCAACAAGACGCUGCCCGUCGCCUUCAAGGUGGUCGCCCUCGGCGACGUCGUCGACGGCACCGUCGUCACCGUGCGCGCCGGCAACGACGACAACUUCUGCGCCGAGCUGCGCAACUGCACCGCCGUCAUGAAGAACCAGGUGGCCAAGUUCAACGACCUGCGCUUCGUCGGCCGCAGCGGCAGGGGGAAGAGCUUCAGCCUGACCAUCACGGUGAACACGACGCCGCCGCAAGUGGCCGUGUACAGCAAGGCCAUCAAGGUGACCGUGGACGGGCCCCGCGAGCCCCGUUCCAAGACCCGGCAACAGCAGCAGAUCCGCGCCAUCGCGUUCGGACAGCGGCCCUUCCUCGAUGCGACGCCCUUCAACCACUUGCGGGACCUGGAGUAUCGUCGCAAGAGCGGAGACUCCUCUUCGUCCUCGUCGACAGGGUUCAAGGUGCCCGAGCCGUCCACGCCGCUGCAAGAUACGACCAACACUGGGGGCGGCGUGGGCGGAUCGUGCUCGGCAGCGGAGGCGGUGGGCGGCGGCGGCGCCAUGGCGGCGCCGUGGGGCGGCUACGGCUGUUCCUCUACGUACGCCAGCUACUCGCCCCUGCAGCCCACCUUCUCCUACUCUGGAGCCGACAUCGCUUCAGCCUCCGACCCUUCUGGAAUCAGCCACUUACCCACAGUCUUGCCGGACCACGCGGCGGCGAGCGGCGGCGCCGGCAGCAGCAGCGGCGCCAGCGGCGAGUACGGCAGUAUGUUC